GAUGAUUGAAGUGAAUGUGAUCUGAUUUCAGUCUCAAGCUGAGCACACAGAGCGUCAGAUUAAACAGCAGUUUGAGAAGCUUCAUCAGUUUCUCAGAGAUGAAGAAGAAGCUACAAUCACUGCACUGAGGGAGGAAGAGGAGCAGAAGAAGCAGAUGAUGAAGGAGAAGCUGGAGGAGAUGAACAGACACAUCUCAGCUCUUUCACACACAAUCAAAGACAUGGAGGAGAUGAUGAAAGCCAAUGACGUCUGCUUUCUGAAGGAGUUUCCAGUCUCGAUGGAAAGAGUCCAGAGCUCACAGCCGGAUCCACAGAUGGCUUCUGGAGCUUUGAUUCAUGUGUCACGUUACUUGGGCAACCUGCCGUUCAGAGUCUGGAAGAAGAUGCAGGACAUCAUCCAAAACACUCCUGUCAUUCUGGAUCCAAACACGGCGAAUCCAUAUCUCGUCCUGUCUGAUGAUCUGACCAGUGUGAGAAACAACGGGGAUAGACAAACUUUUCCUGAUAAUCCAGAGAGAUUCGACGAGUGUCUCUCUGUUCUGGGUUCAGAGGGGUUUAACUCAGGAACACACUGCUGGGAUGUGGAGAUUAAAGAGAGUUUAUUCUGGAUUCUUGGAGUAAUUACACCAUCAAAAAAGAGGAAGGGGCGUAUUUCCAUUGACGGUAAUAUCUGGAGUGUGUCGUGCAAUCAGAUUGGUCAGGAUGUUGAUCGUGUGAGAGUGAAUCUGGACUAUGACGGAGGAAUGGUGUCAUUCUCUGAUCCUGUAACUGACACACAUAUACGCACAUUCACAACCACCUUCACUCACACACUCUUUCCCUUCUUCUGGUGUCCUGACGUGUGUCUGAGGAUCUUACCGUUUGAUAGUCAGUAAAUGUUACUGGGAGCCAUGAAUGUGUUUUGUAUGCUGGCAU